UUGGGACAUCUUUUGUGAUAUUUUUGUGAAAUGACAACACAAAUGAUCGAUGAAUUUCGCCCUAAAACAAUGAGUCAUUACCUGAUAGAGGCAAUGGAUAGAUUCGGGAAUAAAUUGAGAUAAUAUUUAACAGAACGUGUUUGUGUCAAGUCUGCUCAGGGAUUAGAAAUCCGUCAUUUGUUGUGUUUGUUUUGGAAAAAAAUUGUUGAACCAGAAAUCAAAAUGGCUGACUCAGAUUUUUUGAGGACACCAGUGCUCGUGUUUUUGGUCCUCCUUGCCGUAGGAUACUUCCGUCCCAAUGCUGCUGAUACCCUUAUCAAUGGCGGCCGCCUCUCGGGCAAACAGAAAACUGUGUAUACGGCUUCAAACAGCCCGUAUGUUGUAAUGGCAGACUUGAAAGUGGAGAAGGAUGCCACACUCGAGAUCGAACCCGGGGUCACGAUGAAGUUUCACCCACGGGUGGGGCUGGAUGUGGAAGGGACACUUAUUGCCAGGGGAACGGCCGACAAAAGAAUCACCUUGACCAAAUACCAGAUCGCUGGCAGCGAUUAUGAACUAUCAUCAGAGCUCCGCCUGGUGGACAGUUGGAACAUCACGCACGGGAGACUGCAGAUGUAUCACAAAGGAAAAUGGCGGGGAAUUUGCAUGAAUUACAGAAACUUAUCGGCCGGUAUGACGAGCUGGAACCCUGAGAGCAUCCAACUUGCCUGCCGCAGCAUGGGCUACCUGACCGGGAACUUCACGUUUGAGAGGAUUGCCGAUAACGAGACCUACUACAUGCUGCUUGAGGACCCGAAGUGUGAUGGUUCAGAGCAGAGCCUGAUGGAAUGUCCUGGAACCAAGGAUUUACAAAUCGGCAAGCAUAUUUGUGUGAACCAGAUCACAGUCGGUCUCGAUUGCUACGGUGCUGACCCAAUAUUGUCCGAGAACUAUUGGCGCGGUCUGACUUUCUUCAAUUCAUCGAUCCGUGCGAAAUCACGGACCCAAAAUGUUUCGGCAUCAGUGCUCGAGUUUGUUGAUAUAAUGUUUGCUGGGGUGAAUUCCACGAGAAACUUCACAGCAGCACUGAGUGCGAGUCCGAAUCCGCCGUAUUUGGACAACUGCAGGAUAAUGAGGAAUGGAUUCGAUGGUGUCAAUUUUACGGAAGUCCGGAGUGAGGUGAUCAUCCGUAAUAGUGAGAUAGCUUAUAACAGAGGUUAUGGUGUCAAUGUGACGUCAUUCCUCGGCGACGUCCAAGUCGACGGCACAGACAUCCACGACAAUUACGGCGAGGGAAUGCGUGCGAGACUCCUCGACGGACAAUACUACUUCUACCAGAAGGAAGACACGUUUUGCUUGCGGACGAUCUUCCAGACGGAGAGUUUCCCACUCCUGAUGCCUGGGGUUAUGUGGAGGGAUCCGGCUUGCAGGCGGCCAUUCCGCACCGUAAGAGGGCAAUACAUCAGCAUCAAUCUGCUCGAGUCCCAAGUCUUACAUCCCAGCGUCUCCGGCAGCCUCACAAUCUACGAUGGCGAAGAUGAGAAUUUUCCCGUCCUUGCCCGCUGGGACCUCAAGAACAACACGUUCUACCAGGGCGUCACCAGUCACACCAAUGUGAUCUACGUCGUGUUUGACUGGGUGAGCCACCCGUCGUGUAAGACAGACCUGACCCAAGCAUCCUGCAUUAAGUUUACUAUUUACUUGACCGCUGGAAAGGAGAUCAGCAAAGACUUCAGCAUCACCAACUCGCAAUUCACCCAGAAUGUCGGCCGAGGACUCUCAUUGGAAAACCCACGUAACAUGAUUUACGUGAAUAACACGAAUUUCACGUUCAACAUGUAUGACGCUGGUUUCCGAGUCUUAGACGGUGCCUCAGAUAUUGUCAUUAACGCAAGUCGCUUCCAGUACAACGACUACAGUUCCAUCAAUAUCACGUAUUGCGGAGGACAUUUGCUCCUCAAUGGCAGCACUGUUACACAUAACGACGGCCGUGGGAUGACAACACACUUCCUGAAGGGCAACAAGACAAGGAUUGAGAAGAACCACACAGUGGAGGUGGUCAGCUCAAAAUUCGAAUACAACAAAGGCUUCUCCGUAUUUUUCGGGAAUUAUUGUGAAGCUGGUUACGUCCGGAUGAACCGAAGUGGCUUCGCUUUCAACUCGGAGGACGCGGUGUUUUUCGAGUCGUGCUAUCUACAAAAUGCCAAGAGUACCAAUUUCACGAUGACGUUCAAUCGUUUUCAAAACAAUGAAAAAAUGGCUGUGCGCAUGACCCCUGCUUUGAAUGUUUAUGGCAAAAUGUCCAAUAACAGUUUUGUGAAUAAUCUGCGCGGCGUCAUACUUAUUGAUAAUACCUAUCUGUAUGUUUUAUCGCGGGAAUAUCGCACGUUGCCUGUUAGCUAUGACAUCAUACAUAACACUUUCCAAAGCAAUACCGGUUGGUUCGUUGCCAAUAUGAGACUGACGGAAAAUAGUGGCGUGCAGGCGCUGAGAUUCAAGUACAACCGUCUCGAAAACAAUAAAAUCAUCCGUCCAUUCCCAGGGCUGAAUCCACGAAGUCGAGCACCAGCUGUCGUUGUCAUAUCUUCAGCAAACAUAGAAUUUAAACGGAACUAUCUUUACAACCCUCUCUCGUUGUACGAAGUUACCUCGCAUCUCUUGGAACCGUCCGUCACCAUUGACGUGACCUUGAACUACUGGAAAUACCUGAAACCGGAUGGAGAACCGAAAUUUGCUGACAUCGUUCCGAGGAUAUUCGACAACCAGCACCGUUACGACUUGGCAAAAUUCAAAUACAAUCCGGCUUUAAAAACGCCCGAAUUGUACAGUAACUUCAUCACGCAAGAACCCGAUUACUACACGCCUUUCAAGAAUGGGAACAGUAUUGGUGGAUUGCUGAACGAAAAUACGAACCAGAACUCGAAGAAUGCGUUCCUAACUGAAGGUGAAUAUAUCGUGGAACGGGACAUAAUAGUUCCGACUGAAUCACGCCUGAUCCUUCGGCCCGGUGUUGUGCUUCAUUUUGCCAACUCAGUAGGCAUGCUAGUGAAGGGCAAACUGACAUCUACCGGAACUGCGACUCUACCGAUUAUGUACAGAAUGUACGAGGAACCAGUUGUUAACAACACGGUAGCCAAGAAUGCGACUGUCAGUCCCGGACCUGAGAUCAAGGUUCGUCUGACGGGAGGGCCGAACCAGAACGAAGGCUUGGUCGAGGUGUAUGCUGAGGGCCUAUGGGGAACAGUGUGUAAUAAGGGCUGGACGAGGAAGGAUGCGGCUAUCGUCUGCCAAGAGCUAGGCAUGAGUUUGCACCCAGAUGACUGGCUGCCCGAGACCAAGAUCUCAGGAGCUGCCAGCCAGCCGAUCUGGAGGAGUCAGGUUGACUGCGACGACUGGGCAACAACGCUCCUCACAUGUAAGGCAGACGGCAGGUAUGAUCAUUCGUGUGAUCACACUCUGGACGUGAACCUACGGUGUAAACCACUGACUUGGGCAGGUGUACGCUUCACUGUCCAGGCUCAAGCAAGUGCCAUCACGUUUUCCGAAUUCCGAGCGUUUGGUCUGCUGGACUACGCUCGGACACUCUACUCGCCUGCUCUGCAGAUCGAUUACAACGUCCAUCAGCUGAGCAACCUCCUCAUAGAAAAUGGCGUCUCGCACGGGAUGACGCUCGUCCACAGCGAUCCGUACAACAUUCGACAGCUUGAAAAAAUCACCUCUCGGUACAAUCUGAAGAGUGGACUCCUGGCAAAGGGGCCGUUCAUGACGAUAAAAAAUGCGCAACUUUCUAACAAUGGGGAAGCAGGUUUUAAAUAUGAUUCGAAAUUCACGGAGAAGGACGUCGGCGUUCUGCGGAGUCUUAUGGUUGGCCAAGGAAGUGUUGACAUCAUGGCGUACACAACGCAGCCAUUGGUAAUUUCUGACCAGCAGACGACGUUUGUUUACUGUUCGCCGAAUUCCACACCUGAGAAUAAAAUUUACGAUAUCCAAGUGACGACCGGCGGUGGGUUUCAAGUCUCGGUUCAGAUUCUCGACUAUAAUCCCGUCGAGACCGAGGAACAUGUGAUUUUCUUCGAGGGGACGGUCGGCAAGACGAACGGAUCAUUGCGCAAUUGGACAAUUCAUCAAGAUCUUGUUGACUUCCCGAUGCCGAUCUCCAAUCGCCUGAUAAUACGCUUCGAGAUUGAGGGACUCCGAUCGGGAAGAUUUGCCGCCAUCUUGAAAUCAGUGCCAUCUCAAGCCACGCAGAGCAUCGGUGAGAUAACGCUGCAAGAUUCCGUUAUGGCCGAGAAUGGGUUGGGCAUCUACACAAUCCACUACAACGACCCGUCAAACGAAUUUUUCGACCUCUUCUUCAGAUAUCGCCGAGAGAAGUUCCUUUACCACAACGUCAGGUUACUAAACAACAAAUACCACGCGCUUUAUAUUCCUAGCAUUACAAAAUAUCAUGAGAGUUUCAUGCCGACGUACGCCGAGAUGGAGGGGUCGGCCCGAUUGUCCGAGAUAUUAUAUUCGAUCCAAUCGUCUCUAAUCACAGGCAAUGGAAAAGGAAUCGUCGGCGAUCACAACCACGUGGAAUUCUCAAAUAAUGUCUGGCAUUGGGAGGUCACGAAUAAUCAGAUUGUCGAUAAUAAGAAUGGUGGGUUUAUGAUUGAGCUCCCUCUGGUGGGGCGUGGUUUUAGCAUGAAGGACAAGAACUUAGAGUGGUACCAAGGAUCGAUAACGACCCCGGACGUUGUCGAUAAUCCGUAUGACCCGACCUUGAAAUAUCGCGACGGUUUCUGGGUCCAUAAUCACACGAUAUGGAUGAAUAACACAGUUUUUGAAAACAAUAAGAAUUUCGAGUUUCGUAUUGCUGGCUACUACGCGAACAGUUCUCUGUAUAAUAAUACGUUUAGGAAGAACAAUUGUCGUAAAGGUCUGGUGACGAUCGCCGGGAUGGAGAAACAAAUGGACGUGAUAUCUAACACGUUUAUGGAUAAUAUUGGUCGAUACGUGUUUGAGUACGACAUCCAUAGUCACUACGAAUACGCCGUCAAAGUCGAUGGAAUGUUUAAGAAUAACAACCUCAAGAGAAAUAAGAUUCCGUCGAUGCUGAAGACGAUUCCUGGGCAGCCUACAACGUACGCUUUGGCUAUUCGCGGCGUUGAGAACAUAACCGUGCACCGAAAUCUAUUCAAGAAUAACUUGCAGUUUGAAUUUUUGGCUGGUACGACUUCAUCCUUCCUGGAAAGCUAUUUAGAUGCCCGUUACAACUACUGGGGAACGUCUGACCAGUUUGCCGUACGGAAACUCAUAUUUGAUUUCGACGAUUGGAAUAAUUACGCUAUGGCGCUGUUUUAUCCGUUCCUGGUGUCGGAUAGCUUCACCUCGGCUGAGGAUACCGCUGGACUUCUUGACAUCAGCCUCGAUAUCACCAAGCCGUUAGGCGGACGCGUUAAGACACAGCUGGUGUUACCAUAUCGAUCCACGCCUUACGAAGUCAUCUCAGACCUCACCGUCAUGCCGCAAGCAAGCUUGACAAUCGCCCCAGGUGUCCGAAUCGAAUUUGCACCAAAUAUCGGCAUCUUGGCCCUUGGACCUUUGAAUAUGGUUGGAACCUGGGAUAAACCUAUCAAAUUGUGGCCAAGGAAAACUUCCACUCGUAAAAAACGAGCUUGGAACGAUCCCAUCUUGAAAACGAAACUCAAAACACGGCUUGUCGGUGGAAAAAUUCCCAAUGAGGGCUUCGUGGAGUUUUUCAACGAGACUGCACAGCGUUGGGAACUGGUGUGUGAUAAUCAGUUCAAUGAUAAGGUCGGACGUGCUGUUUGUCAACACAUGGGAAUGGCUCACGAGAACGUGGUGGUCCGCAACACGAAAUAUUACGACUACGCUUUGUACGGGUAUGACAAGCGGACUGUAAAAUUCUUCUGGCGUUAUUCCUAUUUCUGUUCGGGUGACGAAGACUCCCUGGACGAAUGUGUCGAGCGAUACAAUUAUAAACUGUAUCAGUGCGUCCAAAAUCAGGGCUACGUGUUCCUACGUUGUGCUUUGAAUAACCUUGGAGCUGGGGAGAAAUACUGGGGAAAUAUCCGAUUUGCAUCUCCCGAUGUUGAAAAACCGAGCCCGAGUGACUACAAAUCUGUUUUGAAGCACGUCCAGAUUUACGGCGCUGGAAAUCUACACGGGGAGCGUGUUGCGGCCAUCCAAGCGACACACGAAGCGCCGAGAAUGUCACACAUGUCGACGAAGAACUGCGCCUGGAACGCUUACGAUUUUGUCGCACCGAGAUAUGAUCUUUACCUCGCCAACUCGACCAUGGAGAAUAAUCUGGGUUACGGUGUCGGUGUGUUGGUUUUGAACGGCGAAUCUCGCGACUCGCCGAAAUCAUCAUUCAGACCUUUGAACGAGAGUACGCUUCCUUACAACACGUUCGGCCUGGUGCGGAUGUGCGGCGCGAACAAAGACAUGGUCAUCGAGAAUCGCUUCCUGCUCCAUUAUAAAUAUGAUUACAAGUCUGCCGCGUGCAUCAAAGUCAUCCGGAGUAGAAUCCCAAUGAAGCAAAUUGCCGUACGCUUCCUACAAGUUGAUCUUUUCCAUGAUAACUUCAGUAAAAAUGCCAUCGAGUUGUUCAACGGGGACAAGUCGGCCAACAUGAGUAACUUGAUCGUUUCGUUGACGUCGGACAGCACGGAGGACCAGAAGCGGAUGAAGUAUGCCACGCGGCCUGGGAUGGACGUGAUGAGUAUUCAUAUUCACGCGUCGCCGGCCAGGGGGAGCUACGGGUUCAUUGCGGAGGUCGUGACACUGCCGUUGUCGCCGCUCUCUUAUCCAAUCACGGGCCGGGACCAGCUGCACAAGUUUGGUGACCUACGACACAUCGGGAAUCAGGGGUCAUUCAUGAAGUACCAAAGCGUCGGGGAGAUAAACCCCAAUAUCGAGAUUCAGCGCAACUACAUCAAAGACAACGGAAUCAAAGUCCUCAACCUCACAGCGCCACCUAUGAUCGACAUGUUUGUACAGAAUAAUUGGCGGAUGGACUUGGCGAACAAUUACAUCUACAGUAAUAAAGGAGGCGGGAUAUUCCUGUAUACGUAUUCGCUCUCCCAGGCCUCCGGGUUGACGGGAAAUGUUACGAAUAAUUUCGUUGAUUCGAACAGCUACGGCGAGGCCUUACACAUCGAGGGAACUCAAUACCAGAAAGUCAAAUUUGCCUACAAUUACUUUGGGCACAAUGAUGUCGAGCAUCGUAAUGUCAUGUUCAUCAAAGACGUCGCGAUUAAUAUGACGCGGAAUGUCAUUUACGAGAAUGUCGGGGCGGCCAUUAUGAACAUCUCAAGUUUGAAGGACGUCGGGAGUUACCAGCUUUAUCAGUGGAACUCAUUUUACAAGAAUAAAGCCAUUGGGAAGGUCCGUACAACAGUGUUUGCGCAAGAGGCAAGACAAGUCUUGGUGAACAACUUCUUCUUCAAUGAGCAGAAUGACUUUGAGUUGGCAACAAGCAAUGCUUCGAGGCUUCCGAAACUCGCACCGGACAAGGAUGACCAAAAAUACCCGUAUAUCGGACCGGACGGGAAACUCUACAACACGCCAGAACCACCGUUUGAAGAUAGUCGCAUCGAGGCAAUCAAAAAUUGGUGGGGUUCACAUUUGGACGUUUAUAUCAAGGGCCGGAUAUGGGACAGAGAUGAUGACCGGUAUCUCGUCCCGGUUGAUUAUAAACCGUUUUAUGCAUCGAAUUCCUCCGUCCUGGAUGGUCUGUGCCCACCUGGUUGGUCGCUGCACGAUGAGCGGUGUUUCCUGUACAUGGGCGGCGCCGUCCCGUUCGAGGAGGCUCGGAUGCAAUGCAAGCACGAGAAUGGGAAAUUGGCCGACUCGUAUAAGGCGUUCGAUUUCUUACGUGCCAUGAUCAUAAGACUGCAGACGAACUAUGACGAGUUCGUGACACGGGUCUGGGUAUACUACACGGGAAAUGCGUCACCGGGAAGGUGUACCGUCAUCCGACAUUGGUGGCAUGAGAAGUUCGACUGCGAGGCGCUACUUCCGUUCAUUUGUGAGAAAAAUCCUUAUCUGCCUCCGAUGUUCGAUUGGGUUCCCGUCUGGAUUGCGAUUGGCUGCAUCGGCGGUCUUCUCAUCCUCGUCAUCAUCUUCGGCAUAUUCUGGUCGGUCAAAACCAAACGACGACAAAAGGAGCGAUUCGAACGUCGCAGCUCGAUCCGUUCGUCGAUAAAAUCGAACCGUACCGCAUCCCAGGCUAGUCUUGGCAGCAUUGGCGGUACAGGAAAGCGGCAGAGGAACGGUUUCAGGCCUGCUGGGACACCGGACACGAUUUCGAAGGUUUUGACAGUAUCGGGUAUGACAUUGGACGCAACCAGCACCGAUUCGAUCGAUAAGAUAAAAUACAACAACCGCAAUGGCACACCCUCUGCAUCGACUCUAGAUUACCCCGAUUCUGCUCGUCACAGCGGAUUCUUUGAACCGUCCGAGUUCGAGGAUCCGUAUUCGCCGCGGCUAGAGAAUGAGAUUGCGAAUAUUCAUUCCCGCCCUAUGUACGAUACUGUGUUUGAGAAUCGCGCUUAUGAUGAGCGCAGUGUCGAGCGCCAUCGGCGUCGCCCGCCCUCCAUGGCGAUGAUGGAGGAUAUUGACUUAGACAUGGAGAAAGAUGUCAAAGAUACAGACUCGUAUAGCUCAAGUGGACUAUCGACGUUCAAGAAGCCUCUGUCAACAAACAGCUCGACCCACAAAGACUUGGAUAGUUACGAUAGUCGGAGUAACUACAGUGACGCUAGAAGCACAGAUAGCUCACGGCGACCGCCAAGGCCGACUGAUAUGUAGUAGAGAAUUACUUCGAUUGUGUGGGAUCACGCCAUGAAUUUAAUCAUUCCUUGGGGGAGUAAAAACGUACCUGCCAACACUUACUAUUUGAUAGUAGUUUCUACAAAAAAUUUCGGGGCAGCAUUGCCAAUCUGUUGCAAUCAACAGUGUGAAAAAAUCAAUGUGACGAUAAAAACACAACACUGCGCUGUCCAUAAUCUUGCAUAAAGUAUGAUUUUGCAGUGUUACAAUACAGUAGAACCUCUCAUUUAAGAACACCCUAGGGCUUGACAUAGUGCUGUCCUUGAUAGAGAGGUGUCCUGAUUACAGAGGUCAUGUUGAAUGGAAAUGGCCAAUUAGGGAGAAAAAUUUCUGUCUUUGACAGAGAGGGUUUCCUGCGCACAACGGUGUCCGCUAAGGGAGGUUCCACUGUAUAAGGUAUUUUGUGUUUUCCAUCUAAGUUGGCUAUCAUAUCAACACUUGUUCAGCGCAAUGUGGUUAAAAAUGAUGCAAUACUGGCCAUUUUGGCAACAGAAUUUACACUUGUGUCUUAUAUCAAGCAGCAUGAACAUACAGAUCUAUAAACAAAGUUUUUUAGUGCAACUCAUGACAUGAUCUAUAUGAUUUAUAUAUUCAUGAGAAAUGAAGUGUCUCUUUUACUUAUAGAGGAAUUAGGAACUUUUAAUAUAUCAAUCAUUACGAAGGAAAGAUUUUCUAGCGAUUUUAAUUGGUGACCAUGUAAGAUUACAUUCCACUGACUUUCGUAUUUGCUGCCAAAAUUCUUUAAAAUGUUACAGUUUUAUACAAGUUUUAUAUACUCUUUGUGUAAGAUUUUCAUAUUCUAUUUCUGGACAGCUUAAAUAUGUACAUAUUGAUAUAAUUUCCCGUUGUGGAAAUUUACACAAUUUGUCCUUUCUCAGGACUGGCCAACUCGGUGAGUUGGAAGGCCUGUCUUAUUCUCGGCUAGCUGGGAAUUGAUUUCCAGGUUGAAGUAGAUAUUUGAAUAGUUAGUCUAGUGAUUAUUUCACCUUGUAUGAUCUUUUAGUUUGCCUUUAGUUGUAGCUUUAGUGAUAUUCAUCACUCAUUUAAAGGCCUGUAGCGUCUUUGUGCAAUAAGCCAAGCUCUGCUAGAGGGCUAAUUUCAGAAUCGUUUGACAAUAUUCUGCUGGAAAAAAUUCAGUCUUCUUUCAUGAUCAAGUACUGCAGACCAUGAAAUUUUUGCGAGCGUUUUACUUUUGCAAAUUCACUGUCAUUUAUGAACUUAAAAAUCAUGAAAAUUCAGCUGUAAUGCAUUUUGUCGAAAAUAUCGGGAAAAAAUUUUGAUUGGCCAACAUGCCAAUUGAAAAUGAGAAAAUUUGCUACCUUUUAGCUUUGCGGACAGUUCACAGUUGUGAUUGUCUAUUUGUAUAACAGAUAGUUUACUCCUGGUGGAAAAAUAAUGCUUAAAAAGGGGGAAGUUUUGCUGGUCGCAAAGCCAUUGCCCUAAAUCCUUUUGAAAUCUUAUCAGUUGAUGUCUGGGUAAUUCAAGACCCGGGGCCAUUUUCACAACAGAGGUUUUUGCUAACAUGGGUGUAAAGCUUAUGCCCAGUUCUCUUCAACUGUCUUCCGAUACAUCUUGGCAAAUCUGUUGCUAGAUUUGACCAAUAGACAUGGGAAAAAUGACAGAGGUCUUAAUAUGUCAUAUGAUGUGACAGGCUUUGGGGUGAAGUAAUGCUUGGAAAAAAUCCCACUGUUAAGACUUAAUGUCACAUUAGUGAUAUAGAAUUUUUUGCAAUCGGUCCCAGAACUCAAAAUCAGACCAAUGAUAACAUUUCAAAUUCAGGCAUAUUUUGAAGCCACAAAGUAAACCGCUGGUGCUAUGUAUAUAUUAUAUAAUGCCUUGUGAAUGCUAUGAAUCAAUUAUCGUCAACUAUAUGUAAGCCUUUUGUGUGUAAUUGAGAACAGUCAGGCUACAUGUCUGACCCCCAAACCGUCUUUGUUGAUUUUGAUGGUGAUUUCCCAAUUUGCUCUACCUGUUAGAGUAAAAGCAGGUGAAAAUUGUUGAGAGUUAGUGAGAUGUAGCGUAUAUUUUCUACGUGUAAAAUGCUGUAAAUAUUGGGGAUUCGGCCACUUCUGACAAAUGCUGUCCUUAAAGGAGAGGCGUCCUGAUUAGAGAGGUCAAUUUCUCAUGACUAUUUUGGGACCAAAAUCAGUGUUUUGACUAGAGAUGGGUUCCUGUAAAGCCGGUUUCUCUUGUAUACAGUGUUUAUUACAAAGUCCAUCCAGUUUUAUGACCUGUCCACAAAAAAAAUCCAUCCAUUGAAAAUUCAGUGCUGAGGCAAAUUGGUUUGGCCUUACUCCAAUGGUUUCAAAAAGUACAUUUUAGAUGGAGCAUGCAUUCGUCCAUUUGAUUUAACGUCAUCAUCAUACAGCCUCACUAAACAUUCCGUCAGUCUUUGUUUAUCAAAGACAAGCCAGCCUUGAAUGGAUGUCAAAAGAUUCAGUUAAGAAAACUACAUUUUAAAAUUGUUAUAAAUGUGCGUAAUAUAUCUGUAAAUGCAGUAUGUUUUAGUCGAUUUUAUAAAUGACUAUUGUGGUAUACAUAUCAUAUGAUUGUUAUACUUUUAUAUUCAAGUCCAAUAUUAUUCAAGUUUGUAAAUAAAUGCAUACAAUUUC